UCAUCACCGACAGCGAGAGUACGAGAGUGACACCAAAGGCUAAAGUCAAUCGCCAUCUUAAUCAACCAGCCACCCAUAUUACCAACCCAGCUAUCUACUCCGUAGUUUUUUAUUUUGUGCAUCUCCAUCAAUCCAUACAGAGGAUAUAGGCUUGUUUUCGAAAGAAAAGAACAAGCUAUAUAUAGGUAGUAAUAGCUAGUAUACUUACAGCCAGCCUCAGACAUCCCAAUCAAUCCUUCCUCAAACAUCCCAAACCUUCCAAGCAAGCGCGCACAGGCCAGAGGGAACCUUACUGCCUCCGGGGUCAAUGGCAGCACCCGUUGUGCUCGUGGUCUUAGCUGCGCUCCUGGCGCUCGCCACCUCGCGACUGUGGAGCUAUGCCGUGGUGCGUCUCGCGUGGAGGCCUCGCGCCAUGGCACGGAGGUUCCGGGAGCAGGGCGUCCACGGGCCAUCCUACAGGUUCCUCACAGGCUCCAAUGAGGACGUCAGGAGGAUGAAGGCGGAGGCGGACGGCGUGGAACUGGACCUCCGCGACCACGACUACCUCCCGAGGAUAGUGCCGCACCUUGUGAAAUGGAAGCAUCAGUACGGAUCACCGUAUGUAUACUGGUUUGGCCCACAACCUCGAAUCUGCAUCUUUGAUUACGAGUUGGUUAAGCAGGUUCUUGCAAACAAAUAUGGACACUUCAUCAAGAAUGAUACACAUCCGACUAUUCUGGCGAUGAUUGGCAAAGGGCUAGUGCUGGUGGAUGGCUCGGACUGGGUGCGACACCGUAGAGUGGUAAACCCAGCUUUUGCUAUGGACAAGCUUAAGAUGAUGACAGGAACAAUGGUUAGUUGUGCUGAAUGCUUGAUCAAGAAGUGGGAAGAUCAGGCAACCUAUAGCAAGAGCAGAGAGAUAGAAGUUGAGUUCAGCAAAGAAUCCCAAGAGUUGACAGCAGAUGUUAUAUCCUGUACUGCUUUUGGAAGUAGCUUUAUGGAGGGAAAAGAAGUAUUCCAUGCACAGAAACAGCUUCAGGCCAUCACCGUGGCAACUAUGCUCAAUGUGCAGAUACCAGGAUUUAAAUAUCUCCCUACUAAACAAAACAGAUGCAAGUGGAUGCUAGAAAACAAGCUUAAGAACACGCUAUCUAGAAUAAUACAAUGCCGAGUAGCAUCGAAAGAAAGUGGAUUUGGCAAUGAUCUGCUCGGUGUAAUGCUUGAGGCUUGCUUCACAAAAGAGCAAGGAGGGAAGAAAGGCGAGCAGAUUCUGAGUGUGGAUGAGAUCAUUGAUGAAUGCAAGACAUUCUUCUUUGCAGGGCAUGAAACCACCUCACAUCUGCUUACUUGGACAAUGUUCUUGCUCAGUGUGUAUCCAGAAUGGCAGGAGCGGCUUAGAGAGGAGGUUCUGAGAGAAUGUGGAAAGGGAAAUCCUAACGCAGACAUGCUUAGUAAACUAAAAGAGAUGACAAUGGUGCUCCUUGAGACACUGAGACUGUAUAGCCCUAUUAUUUUCAUGCUGAGAAAACCUAUAUCAGAUAUGAAAUUGGGAAAUCUCAACUUACCUAAAGGCUCAGCAAUUGUGAUUCCUAUUCCAAUGCUGCACCGAGACAAGGAGGUCUGGGGUGACAGAGCCAAUGAGUUCGAUCCAAUGAGAUUUGAGAAUGGGAUCACAAAAGCAGCAAAGAUUCCACAUGCUCUCCUGGGAUUCUCCAUAGGGCCAAGGUCAUGCAUCGGUCAGAACUUCGCAAUGUUAGAAGCUAAGUCGGUGUUGGCGAUGAUCCUGCAGAAGUUCUCCUUCACUCUUUCUCCAAAGUAUGUGCAUGCACCUGCAGAUCUGUUAACACUUCAGCCAAAGUCCGGUCUUCCCAUAAUUUUGAGUCCACUAGAUGCAUGAAUGUAUGAUACAUGGUUUUAACUUUUCUAUGUGUAAAACUGUAAAUAAACAAGAUAUUGCUAGAGUUCAGAAUUAGAUGUGGAUUGUCUGUACCAAAUCAGAAUUCAUGGCAUGGAACAGGACUACAGCCAGAGUUCAGAAUUAGAUGCGUAGAUAACUUACAGCUUCUUUUUUCUUUUACGUUUUAGAUUAUAUAUAAGUGAUUAUUUCGAGCUUGA